CCAAGCAACGGCGUCCCAACAAUCCUCAACCGACGGUCGGGCCUGGAGCGGCAAAGCCCGGAUCGGGAUCGGUGGGAAAGAAACAAAGCUCAAGGACAUGACAAACAGCAAUUCAGUUCACUCCAUUGAGGCUGGCCAGCUGUCGGCGUGCAACAACCCGCUCGCACAACUUGUGUGGAAAGAAGGAUAACCUGAGCCUCCCCCAGUCUCCCUUCUGAAGAUCUGUAACGUAAACUCCUGAAAUGUCUGAGACACAAAAGUACUUGGUUUCAUAUGACUCUGAGGAAAUACAUGAGCUGGAUGGUUGACGUAAGAAAUCACAACCAGACUCUCUGCAUUUGGGACAGGCAUCAAGUGCUGUUCUCCCAAAAGCACGAAGUCCUGUACAACGUUUGUCUAAUCCGAUAACUGCUAGUCCAUUGGAAAUGUCUGAGGAUAUGCAACGAGGCAAUAUUUUACCAAUUAAUGACGGUAACUCUCUGGUACCAACUGAAGUUACAAAAUCGGAUUCUCUAAGAAAGAGUAAGAAAAUAGACAAGGGACUUGCAACAAGUAACAAAAAAUUGAUGGGAGGCAAAGUAUCGCAUGAAACACAUGGUAGAAAACGGGAUGUCUUCAAAUCAGCAAUAGCUCCAAUUGCUGGUACUGCUGCAGCUCUGUCUAUGUCAAAGAGGCCUAAUCCACCACCAAAGCCUUUUUUAUCAAAACCCUUUGCUACAGUGAAGGCUUUUACACAAAAAGCACCUCCUUCUGUUCCUGAAAAAGAAGUUUCUGUUUUGAGUGUAAAAUUGCAUGAUCAUAAACUUAAAACCAGCAGUAAAAGUAAUGUAAGAAGUAGCACCCUUGCUACAGAUGUGACCAAACAAAAUAAUAAAAAUGAAAAUUUCAACAAAUCUCCUUCACUAACAGAACAAAUAUCAUCAGAUUCUACAGGUGACCAAAUCGAUAAGGAAGAUAAUGCUCAUUCCAUUCAUUCUCAAGGUGUGAGGUCUGCUUCAGAACUGCUAGAAGAGGCUAAAUAUCUAGCAACGCCAGACGCACCAAAAAUAUUUGAAAGAAACUUCCAGCAGAGCAAGCCGGAGCAGUCUGUGACUGCAGCACAGCAAACAUUUACGGCUAAGGCAAAAUCUGUUGAUGAAAUCAUUGCUUCACUGCGGUCUGGUAGACACACCACCUCCCAGUCUGCUGCAGACCAGAAGAUCAAAGGACUCUUGGAGAGAGUGUUUGGCUACAGUCAAAGCAGUAAAAGUGAGGAUGUGACGGAAAUCACAGCAGAGCAGAAACAGGAGAGUGAAAUGGCAUUGCUGCAAACUGAAGGGAAGAUAUCACUGAUGGAUUCUCAGCAGAGAGCUGGAAAGCAAAUUGAAAAGACUGAAAUGUUGAAAGGAAUCAAUCAGAAACUCCAAGAGGAGAGAAAAACCACAAAGGCUUUGGGCAGCACUGUAAUAACUCCAAUGACACCUUCAGAAACAGAGCAAGGGCCAAAAUCUGAGGCUGCACAAGUGACACAUUCCAGCCAAAUGUCUUUUGAGGUUCCGUACAGAUUUCAGGAUACUCUAACCAAUGAGGAUAUGGAAAAGAUUCUUGCAUUACCUAGAAAGGUUUCUGUUUCUGAUGUAAUUCAUAUAAAAGGAACUUCAUUUGGAUUAACAAAGGAAAUUUCAGCUGAUCAGCAAAUGCUACUUGAGAAUGAAGAAUCUGACCAACAAAUCUCGGUGCCGGCCACACAGAUUCCAAGAAAUAAACAUCAAGGACACCAGACUAUCCACCACUUUUGCAUUGCUGAGCCAAGUCAUGUAUUACCCAUUGAUUUGCAACUGGCUUCAAAGUUGUAUUAUACUCCAAGUCGAAUAGGGCAUGGCUGUAGUAAACUUCCAGAAUCAAUUCAGCUAGAAGACUCACAUAUCUAUAAAGUCGAAGAUUUUUCUUCUCCUAAACAACAGAAGAUAGCAAAAAUUAUCCAUGAAGGAAUUCCUGCAUCAGAAGUGAGACAGGAAAAGGUGCAGGAUGGUGUCAGAAUUUUACCACCACUUUCACCUGAAUUUCUGAUGGAAUGGCAAAGAAUUGCGGAAUAUUAUGUGGAAAGACCCAGAAUUAUGUUAUUGGGAGAGUCAAUGGAAAUUUACAAAGACGCCACAAAGCUGUUUUGGGCACCGGCAUUUCCUAAGUUUGCUGUUCCUAUUUCAUACAUGCAAGAAACCCUAUAUCCUAAGUUAAAACUGGAACUGGAUCACACAGCUAUCUGUGACUUUGAAGAGGAAAUGUUCCAAUUGGACGAAGAGUAUGACACCGAUGAUGAGGAGGAAGAUUUUGAAGAGAAAGCUGCAAAGCAAAGGACACUUUUCAAAAAGCACAGUUCGUUACCAGAUCUACGAAUAUUUUCUUUUUAUUCUUCCCGUGAGUCAUUCAAAAACACUAACUUUCAGAGUAUGACACCUAAACCGGCAAUAGAACAUUCUGAAGAAAAGCGAAGGAUAGUUAUAUAUAUAAAUUUGAAAAACACCAUUGACAAGCCUACGAUUACCAAGCAGAAAUCAUUGCCAAAUCUCCAUUUCUUUGAAGAUGGGUCUAUCCUGAACAUAUCUGCUCCUUUCAAAACAAUGAUGAAGGAGGUCGAACUCCAGCGGGAACAAUUAAUUCAGGCUUCAGUGGAGACCACCAUAGAGGAGGAACAGGCAAAAAGGAAAUCAGUAGAAGGCAUUCCGACUACAGAAGUUUCUGAAUUGAAUUCAAUGCCAGCAAAAAGGAUGUCUAUUGAAAAGACACAGCCUUCAAUUGCAGCUCCAGUGACAGAAGCAGUCGUCAAAAUAAAACAAAAGACAAAACACCGUAAAAAAGUUAAAGCUUAUAUGAGAAAGUCACCUAUAUCAAGAAAGUUAGCUUUUAUUUACAGAAAACUGACAAUGCCUCCAAAGGCUAUCAAAAGAUCAGAAUCUUUGCCUACACUAAUUCUUCGGGAGAGUCAAAAAGUCCCUAAAGUUCUUCAGCGAGAUUCUAGCGUUCCUUGUUUAUUUAACUUUGAGAACUAUACACAGAAGAAAGGAGGAAUUCCUGAGGGCGUUGUUACCAGAGAGUGGGUCAGGGAUAUCUGGAACAAGUGGUUUGAUGAAGUAUUUCCGCCGUCAGAACCAGCCAGUCAAGUAGCUAUCAAUAAAAAAGAUAGCCCCUUGGUUCUUAAAGAAAAAGAAUCUUCACAUUUGCAUGCCAACCUGCAGGAGAUAGAACUGCAGAAUUUACAGUUUUCAACAGAACGAAAGAAAACUGAAUUGCAUCCAAUAGAUUCAAAAUCUGAAGUCACUCGGGCUGCUUUGCAGUCUGUAGUUAAUGAUCUAACAUAUCGCAUAGAUGUAAAGGGUGAAUCCACAGCGUUUAAUUACUGCCGUCGAGGAGCUUUGUACAGAAGAUUAGGACAGUUAAAGUCAGCCAUGGAAGAUUUAAAUGAAGCUGUUAAAUUAGAACCGAUGUUGCUCGAUAUCUAUUGGCAGAGGCAUUUCCUUUAUCUUCUUCAAUUAAGAACAUCCGAAGCCCUAGACGAUCUUAAUUUUGUGCUUAAACACAAUAGAAAUCAUGCAGAUGCCUAUACUUCAAAGGGAGACAUUUAUAGAGAAAAAGGGGAUAUCACAAUGGCAAUCAUAAAUUAUUCACAGGGGCUCAAAUGCAGACCUGAUGAUGAUAUCUAUUUCAAAAGAGCUGAGAUGUAUGAAAAAAACAAUGAUCUACUUUUAGCAAUGGAAGAUUAUUAUAUGGCUUUUCGUUUGAACCCAAAAAGAACAGAUGCUAUAAUGAAACGUGGUUUAUAUUAUUUUGAGAAUUCCACCUGGCACUUAGCAAUUCAGGACCUUACAGCACUGAUCAAACAGGAACCUGGCAAUGCUAAAGCCAGGAAUUAUCGUGGACAGGCAUACGCUAAACAAGGAAUGCACAAGGAAGCAAUUGAGGAUUUUUCUGUUGCUAUUCACUUGGAUCCUAACAACUGGGUGGCUUUCUAUCACAGAGGCUGCUUGCUGCGAAAGAUACAGCCACAGCAAGCAUUACAGGACUUUAGUGUUUCAGUGCUUAUCAAUGAUGAUGUUGAGAAUUUGUCAUCAUUUUUGCAUCGUGGUAUUUUGUACACUGAUCGCAGCGAAUGGCAUGCAGCAAUAUAUGACUUUGAAAGCGUCCUCAAGCUUGACAGAUCUAUUUGCCUAGCUCAUAUAAAUCUUGGGCUUAUUUACCUUCUAAAAUUGGACCUCUAUUAUGAAGCAGUUCGUAAAUUUACAAAUGCCUUAAAAAUUGAACCAACUUCAGCAAGAGCGUAUGUGUGUCGGGCAAACGCACAUCAGAAGAUCCAUAAUGUGGCAAAGGCAUUGAAAGAUAUAACAUGUGCUAUUCACCUCCAGCCUCAAACACAUUACUUCUACCUGUUAAGAGGACAAUAUCUGUACCAAAUGAAAAACUUUGAACUUGCCAGUUUUUGUAUCCAGUAUUAUGCUGAGAUCGAUCAAGCUUCUGACUUCUCUCCAAUUCAGCAAGCCACUGUACAAAUUUUUCUAAAACAUUAUGACAAAGCUACAGAGAACUUGAAUGCAAUGGAAAAAACAGCACCAAUGUUAACUUUGAUUGGGAAAAGCCAAAUGAAAGCUGGCAGAUAUGAGGAUGCACUGAACAGCUUUCGGAGAGCUUUGGAGCUCGAACCUGAACCUUCUGAAAUAAGAAUUGCAGAUACAGAUAAUACGACUGUAGAAAUAUAUUACCAUAUAGGUCUUUGCUACGCUGAACUGAAACAAUUCAGAGAGGCAAUGGAUUCAUUUAAUAAUGUAAUGAAAUUGGUCCCGAAUUUUGCUAAAGCUUAUUAUCAGCGAGGAUUAUGCAGUUUGAAACUUCAUGACUUUAAUUGUAUCUAUGACUUUCACAGAGCACUUACAAUCAACCCCCAAUUCUUUGAGGUCUAUCUAAGUCGAGCUAUUUAUUAUGCAAUGCAGGGACGCUACCUUAAAGCCAUUCUAAGCUGUAAUGAAGCAUUAAAGAUUGAGCCCAGAAGUACAAGGGCUUUUCUAUGCAGAGGAGCACUGAAAUUCUACAGUAAGGCAUAUCGUUUGGCAAUUGCGGAUCUAACUGAAGCAAUAAACAUGAAUGAGACCUGCAUAUUGGGUUAUUUUAACAGAGCUGUCUGCUACCAGCAAAUGAAUGAUCUUCAAAAGGCGUUGAAAGACUAUGGAAUAGUUCUCCUCCUUGGCAGCCACAAAAAAUUGAAUUUGAAGGUGUUCGUUAAUCGUGGUCUGUUAUAUUUGAAGAUGGAUGACCAUCAGAAUGCACUAAAGGACUUUAAAGCAGCAAUUGUAGAAGAACCAGAAAAUGCUUACAUUCAUCAUGCUGUAGCAAUCUGCUGUCAUAAACUUCACUAUUUAGAGGACGCUGUAAACAGUUUCAGUCAAGCAUUGAAAUUGGACCCAUUUUUUGUGGAUGCGUAUAAUGGACGUGGGAAUGUGUACAUGGAUUUUGGUAACACAGCUGGAAUAAAGCAAGCACAAAAAGACUUUGUGCAAGCACUUCAUUUAAAUCCCAAAUGUGUGAAAUCGAGACUCAACUUAGGAUACAACUUUCAGGUUCUGGGAAGAUUUCAGAAAGCAUGGAAUCAGUUUUCAAUUACAAUUGAUAUUGAUCCAAUGUUUCAUGAUGCUUAUGAAGGUCGUGCAGUAGUUAAUCUACAAAUGCUGAAUACCUUUGCAGCAUUUCAGGAUAUCAAUGCUGCAUUGAAGAUCUGUAAAUCUGCAAAGCUGUUUACGAACCGUGGAGUGAUCAGCCAGUUCAUGGGCGAUCUACCCAAUGCCAUGAGAGACUAUCAGAAAGCUAUAUCUCUCGAUCCCACCUAUUCACUCGCUUAUUUUAAUGCAGCCAACCUUUACUUUUACAACAGACAAUUUACACAGGCUCAUGACUACUACACAAAGGCAAUUAAUUCGCAACCAGGAGAUGAAUCAGCUUUGCUGAAUCGAGCCAUAUGUCGUGUUUUGCUUCGGCGUGCUAAAGAGGCGCUGGAGGACUUUGAAGAAGCAGUUAAACUCAGUCCUUAUUCAGCUCACAUGUAUUUCAACCGUGCAAACCUCUAUGCCACUCUAAAGCAAUACAAAGAUGCUGAAAAAGAUUAUUCGCAGGCACUGCAGCUAAUGCCGGAUGAUGCUUUAUAUUACAAACUCCGUGCAGAUGUCCGGGGCCAUUUGGGUUUGAUUGAAGAAGCUAUCACUGAUUACAAAACAGCAAUAGACAUCCAAGAAACUGGAUAAAACAGUGAUUACUUUUACCAGGAAAAGUAAGCAAUUAUCUCACAAAAUUAAGAUUAGGAUGGAUUCUCUUUGCUAAAAAUAGAAAUGAACAGAACUUCAAAAUGUGAGUUCUUGGAAAUAGUGUGUGUCUUACUACUAGUAACAUUUCAUGACAAAUAAAUUUAAGUAUCAUUCAUCAUAGCAGAUUCUCUAAUGAUAUUACAACAGCAUUAAUUAAUAUCUUGGUAAUAAUGUAUAUCUCUGAAAUAUUUGCUCAAAAUUGUUUAGGUAUAACAUGUUUUAUAAUUUCUGUCACUCGGAAACAUAUUGGAAGGAUUUUAUUAAAAUGUUUUUUGGAUUGAAAUUCUUUUUGCUGACAUAGCGUAGAAGAUAUGACUAUGUAAAAAAGACAGAACUGAUAUUUCAAUAUUAAUGGAAAAAUGGACUGUAAGUUCAAAGAGCUAUUCUUCAUUAGUUUUUUAUAUUUUUCAACAUACUUUAUGCUGCUUUUUCACAGUUAAAAAGCAGAUCA